CGUAAAACCGCCGGCGGUGCAGUCACCAGGUUAUACCUCUCACUUAGUGUCCAGUAAUGUCUACCCAGGGUACUCCCAAUACACACAACCAACACAUUCGAAUUCUCCUCCACCUUCACGGCAAAACUCACAGCCAUAUCAAGGUGUACCCUCCUUUCCGCAACCUCAACCAUAUCAAUCACCGCCUAUUGCUCAACAGCAGCCUACGUAUUAUCCACGAGGUUCCGUAGAGUACAAUACGUAUAAUGAUGGAGGGUCAUAUCCAUUUCCUGAUGUCAGUUCGAAACAUUCGCCGUCCGAUUCAAUAAGAUCGUCUGGCACAUUUUCUGGGAGCGAUAUACAUUCAUGGAAUAGCAAUGGUCAUCAAAGCAAAGAUAUGGGUCAUCCGAAGCACCGUAGUUUUCAAAAACUGGAUUCGAUCCCCACGCCCUCUGAUGCUGAGAUUGAGCGCAUGUUUGUGGAUUUAAUGAAUAAUCGAGAUUUGAAGAACUUGUCCGAGGCCCAACGGAGACAGAUGUUAGCAAUGCCUACGGAUAAGAAGUGGGUUUUAGUUAAGCAAGAUUUAUUGCAAAAACCAACACAUAUUGGCCACCAUCAAGAUAAAAAGGCCCCUGAAUACUAUAUCAGAAAGAUAAUGGAGAAUGCAGCUACUGUCAAAAUGUUGAACUCGCUCAGUGUCUCACUAAGGACGGCUCCGCUUACAUGGGUGAGAUUAUUUAUUGACUCAAAGGGAACCGAAGUACUGGCGAACUUACUCAGCACAAUUACGCGAAAACCCGUAAAGCGAGAGGGCGAUCUGCAGAUGGAAUAUGAAAUUGUCAAAUGUUUCAAAUCACUACUCAACAAUAAAUAUGGCGCCGAGGAAACACUAAAAAAUCCGAUCUGUGUACACUCGCUUACUUUCUCAAUUGCUUCUCCUCAAAUAACAACACGAAAAUUAGUUGCAGAAAUACUUUCGGUUUUAUGUCAUUAUGAUAAAGUCAGAGGGCAUCCACUUGUACUUCAGGGAUUCGAUCAACUAGCAAAGUUCCAAGCCGAACAAGGCAGAUUUGAUGUUUGGGUUAGAAUGUGGGAGAAUGCAAUUGAUGGAAGAGGUCGAAUGGGCAGCUUGGUUAAUGCUAGCGAUGAAUUCAGAAAAGGAGGCGUUGGUUUCGACAAUACAUUGAUGGAAUAUGCGGUUGCAUCUAUGAUUUUGGUGAACGCAAUAAUCGGUGUUUGUGAUGAUGUAGAGCUUCGCGUUGACCUACGCAAUCAACUUCAUGCGUGCGGAUUGAGUCGCAUAAUCGAAAAAAUGAGACCAUUCAAUUAUGAGCUUAUAAACAUACAAAUAAAAAAGUUUGAAGAUGAAAGUGAACAGGAUUAUGACGAAGUGUUGUAUUAUUACAAUAACCAGAUACUGCAGGACAUGACAUAUCCUUACUUACAAUUUGCUGGAACAAAAGCGUACGACUUCUUCUUGUCAGCCAUGCAGCAUAUGUUGUUAAUUAGAGAAGAUGGAGAGACAAGGACGCGAUAUUUUCAGCUCAUAGACUCACUGAUUUCGCAGGUUGUUCUCGACAGAAGGGGUGGAGGGCAAGAUUUGAGUCAGACAAUAGGCGUAACAGUCUCACAAGUGCUCGGCAAGCUAGCGGAUCAAGAAAGAUUGGAAGCCGCUCUAGAAGAGGCAAAAGAUGCGAAAUCAGUUGCUGAGAAAGCUCUAAAGGAUAAGCAUGAUUUACAAAUGGAACUUUCAAGGGGUGCAGAUGGAAUGGUUGGUGAGUUGAAGGCGAAAGUCAAUUCACUGGAGCAGUUGCUCGUUAUGUCGCGAAAUACUGUUGAUCUACUGCAAAAUACACUUGCUGAUAUGGAGGCAAGUUACAAUGAGAAAUUGCGCGAGCAAGAUAUGCAGCUACGUGAGCUUGAGAAUACUUUGAAAGAAUCAUAUCAAAAGGCCACUUCGGAUGAUCCUUCCGCUCUUGAUAAACAAGAAAUUAUUCAAAGAUUGGAGAGAAUGCAACAAAUUGCAAAGACAGAGGCCAGAUUGGAAGGACGUAAAGUCUGGACACCAGCAUGGGUUGGAGAUUUUAGAAUGCCCAAUCAUCAUGACUACAGAUUAAGCACAUCAACAACCGACACUGGCUAUAUUUCUGGGUCGCCUAGCAUAGCAUCUGUUAACUUUUCAAAUGGACUGCCAAGCCAGCAGGUCGAUCCACAAUAUUCAAUUCCUCAACCUCUAAGCGAUGCACGUCCAUCACCCGGUGGCUUCAGAUUGCCCGACCAAGGUCCGCCACAAUUUCCAAGUGGUCUAUUAACUGCAAUUCAGCAACGCCGUCACGAUUCGGUGGAUGGCGCUGACGACCAUGAUAGUGUCCCAGCUGGUUCGGCCACAGAAUCUCCUUCGAGAAAGUCUUCGGUGGACCAUAAUAAACCAUCAUCUACGAAAACUGAUUCUGGACCAACCUCACCCAUUGUUACAGAUACCUUGCCAAUAAAUGACGUUUCAGACACUGGAUCUGCUCUUCAGUCAUCAACAACCGAAUCCAACAUUCCUCAGGGAAGUACUCAGGGUCAAUCGAGUGGGGCUCCUGCACCCCCGCCACCGCCUCCACCCCCUGCUAAAGGUGGAGCUCCUGCACCGCCACCACCACCAUCCAGUGCCACGCCUUUCCGUGGCUCUAAUGUUGUUGUAAAUCGUCGAAAUGACCUUCCUAUUUCUGCAAAGAAGAAAUUAAAACAAUUGCAGUGGGAGAAGAUAAACCAAUUAUCAAUUAACAAUACUAUUUGGAGCAAGCGUAUGUACGAAGAUGAACAACUCUUAAUGCUGCUUGGUGGUCAAGAUGGUGUGUUUAUGACGAUUGAAGAAUUAUUCGCCGCUAGAGAGAUUGCGUUGAGGAAGAAAAAAGCCGAAAAGAAGCAAGAAAUUAGUGUGCUAGAUUCCAGACGUGCAUAUAAUAUCAAUGUCAUUCUCGGCCGGUACAAGAAUAUGUCAUUUGAAGAAAUACAUAACAAAAUUAUUGAAAUGGACGAACUGUUUUGCACUGAAAAUCUUCUGGGACAGUUUAUGCAGUAUAUUCCUACCGCAGAUGAGCGAGGAAAACUGGCAGUGUAUAAGGAUGGUACGGAAGAUCUCGAAAACUUGGCCAGAGCCGAUAGGUUCUUCGUUGAGGCUUUAUUGCAGACUAUGAAAAUUCAUCGAUAUGAGCCACGCCUUAAGUUUAUGUAUUUCUAUCGUACGUUUGAUGAAAGAUUUGUGGAUCUUGAGCAGGGUGUUACUGCCAUUUGGGAAGCUUCCAAAGCUCUUAAAAAGGCGACGCGGUUUAGGGAAUUGCUUGACCUCAUUUUACUUCUUGGCAACUAUAUGAAUGGAAGCAGCAUGAAGGGUGGCGCGUUCGGUUUUAAGAUUGCAAGCAUAAACAAGCUCGUAGACACUAAGGCAUCUACCAGUUCAUCAACGACUUUACUCCAUUUCUUAACAAGUAUUGUUGAAGAACGAUUACCAGAGGUUUCUACAUUUACCGAUGAACUCAAAGACUGUGGGCCUGCUUGUCGAGUCUCGUUACAAGAAUUAUCAACCGAGUACCGUACUAUGGGCAUUAAAUUAAACGAUCUUUCAAUGGAGCUUGAGAAACAUUUUAACUCCGACGUCGAGCUUGAACCAAAUGACAGAUUCCCGAUGGUUAUGAAUGACUUCGUUGAUAAGUCACGUGUUAAAUUUGAGAAGCUCAAACUGGCGUAUACAUCUAUGGAAGUUGAAUUCAAGGCCAUUGUUGCGUUCUUUGGCGAAGACCCAAACUCGACCAAGCCGGACGAGUUCUUUAGCAUAUUCAAAACCUUUACUGCCUCAUUUGAGAAAGCAAGAGUGGAUCUCAAGAAACAAAAGGAACUUGACUCUAAGAGGAAGAAGAGGGAAUCGGAGAUAUCUAAGAAGAAAGACGAAAACAAGAAACAAGAGGCAGGUACCGAUGACAGUGAGGCAGAACAACACCUUGUUGAUAAUAUAUUGGAAUCUCUAAAGAAUGGCAAAGAUCUUGGCACGAGAAACAGAAGGCAAAGAGCUGGCCGGGAACGUGUCGAGCGUAGUAUGUCAGUUGUACUGAAGGCUGAAGAUAUACUCAAUAGACUCAAACAAGAAGCACCUCCGGUUCCAAAGAUGUCAGAAACGAUUCAACCAGAAAUUACUGCAGAAUAG